AUGGCUGAACCUGACGAUACAUUUCUCCAUUGCAGCAACGGGAAACGAUCGCAUGCUGUUGGAUUUGCGAGAACUGUAUGGACCAUCAGAUCGUCAACUACACGACGAAUCAGUGCCAGAACUGCAGCAUUGGCUACUGGCCGGAUGCCACCAGAAGCAGCUACAAAUGGCCUGGAGCAACCUUUUCUAACCACUACUUUCAAGGUCGUUAUCACGUGGAUCCUCGUCGGUAUUCAAUGUGUGAUAGUGGCCGUUGGAGUGCUGCAGGAAUGGCCGUCUGCCGGCUUCUCGCCGCAUUACCUGCCAUCCCGGUAUUGCACCCUUGUCGUCUGGAUCGCGUUCGUCGUGCUGCACAUGGGCACGGUGAACAAGGCGUUGACGAUGAGUUUUUCCUUCUCACUCUCCGCCUCAAUACCUCUGCUGUUGUUGUUCUUUCCCAAACUCUAUAUCAUUAUUCUGCAUCCUGAAAAGAAUGUCAGAGCUUCUUAUACCACCACUAAGUUGAUACGGAGCUCCACAAAGUCGUCGAGUUUGGCGGGUGGCGCAGCCGGGGCAGGAAUUACGCGAACUGCUUCUGUGCAUGUGCCAGCCGUCACUAAACCGGCACCUGGUCUUGUUGAUUGCUCUACACAAACUGAAGGUACAUUAUAA